UUGGGGUGUACGAGGAUACGGGGGAUGGAAAAUUUUCGGCUGGAUGACAGCGCACCCUUGGUAGAAACUAGCCGGGUUAAAAUCAUCCUGAGCCUGGGGAAGAUCAACACCUGUAAAACCUGUGGAUUGGGGGUGAAAUCGUGUGACAGGAGAAGGGGUAGUGCCUCCAUCCAAAGACAACAACAAAAAUCAAGGAUAAUAUGGAGAUGUUUGGAUUGAUUGUCAUUGGUACGUGUCUAUGUGCGGUUUACGGAUUCCGGGGACCUCAUCAUCCUCGAGGAUCAGUCUCCCAUCAUCAUUAUACACCCCAGAGGGAUGUCAAACUCACACAGGAUACACAACUGUUGCAUGACACUGCGCAUUUGAUAGAGGACAUGGGCGAUUUCGGCAAUGAAAUCGACGUAUCUAAAAUGACUGAGCAGCAACUAGACUUUUAUUAUUUCCAAGCUCAUGAUGUUGACAACAACACAAAGCUCGACGGUCUAGAGAUGUUGCACGCGAUUCAACAUUCGUUUCACCACGACGAAGAUGACCAUGAAGUAGUCGAUGAAGCCAGUCAAAUUCCAUUUAUUGUGGAAUUGAUAGAUCGAGUCCUCGAGGAAGACGAUCUUGACCACGACGGAUACCUGGGGUACAUCGAAUAUGUCCUAGCUAGACAAAAAACCGGUGGCGAUACUGAAAAACCUCAAAAAGACUUGAAACUCGAAAUCUAAUAUUCAUAUUUUUAUACUAUUGACU